AAACUCUUGCUCAUACCACUUCCUCGAUAUAUAUCCUAUAUCUUAAUUUCUUUAAGCAUAUUAUUUGGCAUGGCCUCAGCCUCAGGCUCUUCUUGGACUCCAAAGCAAAACAAAUUGUUUGAGAAUGCUUUGGCCAUCUAUGACAGGGACACCCCAGACCGUUGGCAUAAUCUAGCCAGAGCUGUUGGUGGUAAAACUGUUGAAGAAGUAAAGAGGCAUUAUGAAUUACUUGUUGAAGAUGUCAGGCAGAUUGAAGCUGGACAAGUUCCUUUGCCCAAUUACAGAAAAGCUGGUUUAACCGCCAAACCCUAUAGCUUCAUGGAUGAAGAAAAAAGGUUGAAGAGUCUUAAGUUGCAGUGAAGUAUGAACCGGGUCAUACCCAUUUGAUCAAUAAGGAUCCAUUCUUUUUGGUUCUAGCUAAAAGGGCAGUCUUUAAGUAACAAAGCUUGGAAUGUAAUUAGAUAUUUAUGUUUUCUUCUCCCUCCCAUUUAUAUCAGUGUAAUUUCCCAUUAAAAUAUUAUUGUAAAAUGUUUCCUUAAGAUGGACCAAGGAGUCAUAACAACUGUGAUGACUCAUAUGCCCUUAUUAUGGAAUGGAUUCUUAUGUACUUAAUUAGACUACUCAUUUUAGUA